GCUGCGGGCCCCGGAUGGCGCUGCCGGUGCCGCUGCCGGUGCCGCUGCUGCUGCCGCUGCUGCUCCCGCCGGUCGCCGCCUUCAACCUGGAGGCGUCGCGGCCCGUGGUGUUCCGCGGGGCCCCCGGCUCCUUCUUCGGCUUCGCUCUGGACUUUUACCUGCCCGAGCCCCGCAGUGUCAGCAUCCUGGUGGGGGCCCCCAAGGCCAACACGAGCCAGCCCAACGUCACCCAGGGGGGGGCCGUGUUCCACUGCCCAUGGCCCCCUGAGGGCGGCUGCGCCCCCAUCGACUUCGACCACAUCGGGACCCGCACCCACGACUUUGGGGGCAACAGCAGCGACGGCGCCGAGCCCGUGGAGUUCAAAUCCCUGCAGUGGUUCGGGGCCACCGUGAGGGCCCACAACGGCUCCAUCCUGGCCUGCGCCCCCCUGUACAGCUGGAGCCCCCCCAAGAAGGAGGGGGGGGCGCGGGAGCCGGUGGGCUCCUGCUUCCUGUCCCUGGGCAACUUCUCCAAGUUCGUGGAGUACGCGCCCUGCCGCUCAGAGACCCGGAACUUCGCCGGGCAGGGGCUGUGCGGGGGCUUCAGCGCCGAGUUCACCCAGACGGGGCGGGUGCUCCUCGGGGGGCCCGGCAGCUUCUUCUGGCAAGGGCAGGUGAUGUCGGCCACCCAGGAGCAGAUCACGGCCGGGAACUUCCCCGAGUACCUGAUCCAGGAGGUGCCGGGACAGCUCCAGACGCGCCAGGCGGAGCCCAGCCACGACGACAGCUACAUGGGGUACUCAGUGGCGGUCGGGGAGUUCAGCGGUGACACCACGCAAGACUUCGUGGCCGGUGUCCCCAAGGGCAACCUCACCUACGGCUACGUCACCAUCCUCAAUGGCACCAACAUGAAGUCCCUGUACAACUUCUCGGGGGAGCAGAUGGCCUCGUACUUCGGCUACGCCGUGGCGGCCACCGACGUCAACAACGACGGGCUGACGGACCUGCUGGUGGGGGCGCCGCUGUUCAUGGCGCGGGCGGCGGCGGCGGGGCGGGGGCGUGUACCUGCAGCGGGGGCCCGCCGCCCGCGGCCCGCACCGCAGCGGGCAGCGCCCCGCCCGCCGCGACCUGGACCGGCCGGAUACAACGGUACCGGGGGGCAAUGGUGCCGGGGGCAAUGGUACCGGAGGGUAACGGACCGACGGAUACAACGCUACCGGGACGCGGCCCGGACCGGGACGGAUACAACGGUACCGGGGGCAAUGGUGCCGGGGAAACGGGACCGGGCGGAUACAACGACGUGGCCGUGGGGGCCCGCUGGGGCGAGGGUCGCCGGGGGCUCGUGUUCAUCUUCGCGGCGGGGCUGCGGCCCCGCCCGCAGGUGCUGCGGGGGGCGGGGGGCGGGGAGCCCGACUUCUGGGGCACGGGCGCGCCGGGGCAGCGACCUGGACGGCAACGGGUACCCCGACCUCCUGGUUGGCGCCUUCGGGGCGGACGCGGCCGUGGUGUACAGGGGCCGCCCCAUUGUCCACGCCAGCGCCACCCUGGCCAUCGUCCCCUCCAUGUUCAACCCCGAGGAGCGCGGCUGCGCCCUGGCCAGCGGCCACCACGUGUCCUGCAUCAAUGUCACCUUCUGCCUCAACGCCUCCGGACGUCACCUGCCCGGGCCCAUCGGGCUGGCGCUGGAGCUGAGCGUGGACGGGGCCAAGGCCGGGGGGGCGCGGCGGGCGCUGUUCCUGGGGGGGGGCGCGGGGGGGGCGCCCCCCUCCCCCACGCGGAACCUGAGCCUGGAGGUGCCCAACGGGGGGAGCCCGCGCUGCCGCACGCUGCCCGUGUUCCUCAGGAACGAGUCCGAGUUCCGGGACAAGCUGUCGCCCAUCCCGGUGUCGCUGAGCCUGGCCCUGGACCCGGCCGUGUCCCCUGCCCCGCCGGGGCUGUCCCCGCUGCUGUCCCCGGCCACGCGCACGCGCCUGGAGGCCAAGGCCCACAUCCAGCUGGACUGUGAGGACAACGUCUGUGUGCCCGACCUGCAGCUCGAGGCCAGCGCGGACCGCCGGGCCGUGUUCCUGGGCGACAGGAACAGCGAACGGGGCGUUCCAGGGGCCACGGUGUUGGGGAAUUUCUCGGCGCUGAGCUGCGAGCUGGGGGGGGGCAACGGCUCCGGCGCCCUGGUCUGCGACCUGGGCAACCCCAUGAAGGCGGGGGCCAGCAUCUGGGGGGGGCUGCGCUUCACCCUCCCCCACCUGAGCGACAACAGCAGCAGCGUCCGCUUCGAGCUGCAGAUCCGCAGCAAGAACGCCAACAACUCGCAGAGCGCCCUGGUGCCCGUGGCGCUGGCGGUGAGGGCAGCGACCAGGGUGUCCGUGCUGGGGGUGUCCCGGCCCGACGUUGUCACCAUCCCCGAGGGGGGGUGGGGACCCGACCCCCCCCAGCGGCUGCAGGACCUGGGGCCGCCCGUGGAGCACGUCUACGAGGUGGUGAACGAGGGUCCCGGUGCCAUCAGCCAGGGCACGCUGGAGCUCAGCUGUCCCCUGGGCCACCGCGGCCACCCCCUGCUCUACGUCACCGGCCACGAGGGGCUGCACAACUGCACGGCCAGCCAGGCCAGCGACCCCCUGGGGCUGGAGCGGGAGCAGAGCCCGGCGCCCCCGCGCGGCAGCGCCGGGACAGCGGGGACAGCGCUGGGGACAGCGGGGACAGGCUGCCCCGAGGCCGAGUGUUUCCGCCUGAGCUGCCCCUCGGGGCCGCUGCAGCGGCAGCAGCGCGUGACCCUGCGCCUGAGCUUCCGCCUGAGGAGCCCCCCCGUGCGGCAGGUGGUGACAGCGCUGUCGCGGGCCCGGCCCGAGGCAGGCGGGGGGGUCCCGGUGUGGGCGGUGGCAGUGGUGACAGCGCUGUCGCGGGCCCGGCCCGAGCGCUGUCGCGGGCCCGGCCCGAGGCGGGGGGUCCCGGUGUGGGCGGUGGUCCUGGCCGUGCUCCUGGGGCUGCUCCUGCUCGGCCUCCUCUGCUACGGCCUCUACAAGCUGGGGUUCUUCAAGCGCUCGGGGCCCUACGGCACAGCCAUGGAGAAGGCGCAGCUCAAACCCCAGGCGGCCUCCGAGGCCUGAGGGGACCCGGCGGUGACAGGGACAGCCCAGCGCUUGGGGACAUCUCACAGCUUGGGGACAGCCCAGCGCUUGGGGACAUCCCCACGGCUUGGGGACAUCUCACAGCCUGGGGACAGCCCAGCGCUUGGGGACACCUCACAGCCUGGGGACAGCCCAGCGCUUGGGGACAUCUCACAGCUUGGGGACAGCCCAGCGCGGGGACAUCCCCACGGCUUGGGGACAUCUCACAGCCUGGGGACACCUCAUGGCCUGGGACACGCACGGCUGAGGACACCAUGGCUGGGGACACCUCAUGGCUUCAGGACAUCCCACGGCUUGGGGACAUCCCCACGGCUUGGGGACACCCUCAGCUUGGGGACACCCUCAGCUUGGGGACACCAGGCUUGGGGACUCUCCAUGACUUCAGGACACCCCACGGCUUGGGGACACUCCAUAGCCUGGGACACUUCACAGCUUGGGGACACCCCACGGCUUGGGGACCCCACAAGGACAGUGUCACCUGCACCAGCGGUGUCACCUGCACGGCCAAUGUCACCUGCAUGGCCAGGGAUGUCCCCAGAGCUGGGGACCCCACCCUGCCAAUGUCACCUGCACGGCCAAUGUCACCCGCAUCGGUGACAUCCCCCACUGCACGUGGCCCCGGCUGGGGACACCCACGGCUCCCACUCCCACGCUGGCACUGCCACCACGGGCUGGGGACAUUGUCACAGAAUUGUCAUCAGGCUGGGGACACUGUCCUAUGAACUGUCACCGGGCUGGGGACGCUCACAGAAUUGUCACUGUGGUGGGGACACUGUCCCAGGAACUGCCACCGCAUUGGGGACACUGUCCCAGGAACCGUCACCGCACUGGGGACACUGUCCCAGGAACUGCCACCGCGUUGGGGACACUGUCCCAGAAGUGUCACUGCCUUGGGGACACUGUCCCAGGAACUGCCACCGCCUUGGGGACACUGUCCCAGGAACUGCCACUGCCUUGGGGACACUGUCCCAGAAGUGUCACCGCCUUGGGGACACUGUCCCAGGAACUGCCACCGCACUGGGGACACUGUCCCAGAAGUGUCACCGCACUGGGGACACUGUCCCAGAAGUGUCACCGCGCUGCACCAGGAUGUGUCCCCAGGCACAGCCGCCACCACCGGCUUGGGGACACCAAGCAGGGAACCCCGGACUGGGAACAACCAGGAAUUGUCACCAACGGGGAUUGUCACCAGCGGGAACUGUCACCGCCAGACCAGCAAUUGUCACCAGCGGGAAUUGUCACCACUGGACCAGAAAUUGUCACCAUGGGACUGGGAAUUGUCACCAGCGGGAAUUGUCACCACAGGACUGGGAACUGGUGGCACGCGGGUGACACCGAGGUGGCACCAACACGGACACUGCAGGGGACACUAUAAGGACACCAUGGGGACACCACAGGGACACCAUGGGGACACCGCAGGGACACCAUGGGGACACCACAGGGACACCUGUGGGACACCAGGACACCUGUGGGACACCAGGACGUGUCCCCAGCGCUGUCACCUCACCCGGGACAGGACCUGGGUGGCACUGGGGGCAGUGUCACAGUGUCACCCUGUCCCAGUGUGACCCGGGGACGCUGCCACCCUCUGCCACCUGCUGUCCCCUGCUGUCACCCAGUGUCACCCGCUGUCACCCGCUGUCCCCCGCUGUCCCCGGUGUCCCCCCCAGCACUGCCCCGCCCCCCCGGGCACCUCACUUUGCACUGACCCCGAGCCGGGGGCACAGCCCGGACACCCCCUGGCCCCGGGGUGUCCCCAAAGUGUCCCCAAAGUGUCCCCAAGGUGUCCCCGGCGUGUCCCCGGUGUCACGGGGGGUUUGCACUAUGGCGGGGGGGCCGGGGGGGCUUCGGUUUGUAUUUAAUUGGGGGGGGGCGGCCUCGGGGCCCCCCAAUAAAGGAGUCUG